AUGGCGAACAAGAUCAUUCCCAAUUUAUCGAUGCUCAAGGGCUUGCUGGGAUCCAAUGAUGAUGUGGCCAGACUUGUGAAGAGAUGCCCCCGGGCUUUGUUAGCCGAUUUGGAGAAAACAUUAAUGCCAAAUGUGCAAAUCUUGAAGAAGUGUAGUAUACCAAUGGAGUGCAUCCUUCACUUGCUCUACCUUCGCCCGAGAACUUUCUUGGUCAAGUCGGAUACUAUGAUGAAAUCUGUUGAAAAGGCCAUUGAAAUUGGGGUGCCUCUCACUUUUAUUGCUUUUAUCAAUGCUGUUGAUCUUUUCAAUUAUACAAGCGAAGGGAUGUGGGAAGUCAAGUUGCAAACACUCCGUGAUUUGGGAUUUUCUGAUGAAGCAUCUGGAGACAAAUUGAAGAAAAAAAUAGAGUUUCUUCUUGCUACUGGGAAGUUCAAUAUAUCCAGUGUUGUAGCUUGUCCCGUAGCACUUGCGUGCAGUAUUGAGAAGAGGCUUGAGCCGCGGAUGCAAAUUCUGAGACUUUUGGAGAGUAGGAAUCUGAUUGAAAAGUGGCCUAGUCUUUCAGGAAUUUCUUCGUUUACGGAUUAUAUGUUUUUUGAUAAAUUUAUUAGGCCUUAUUAUGACGAGAUUGGCGAAGAGUGCAUCAUCAAGAAAUUUGUCACAGGAAAAAAAAGAGUUGAAGGUGUAAGCAAAUGCUUGCGGAGCUCAAUUUGA